GAGCGACCGUGAGUAACAUAAAAUUCGACCAAAUAACCAACGGGGUUCAGUCAGCGCCGGAUUAAGAUUUUGUAGACCCCUGGGCUACAACACUUGCCGCGUUGCUGAGAAUUUUUGACGGUGGAUCGUUGCGUUUCGAUGGUAGUAUCGCGGAUGAUUUUCGUGUGGCGAGCGAGCACGAAUUGUACGUAAGGUGAACGUAUCUUGUACGUGGUUUCCCGUGGUGUUCGAAGGGGUUGAAUGGGGUUGAAUCGUCGGGUGAAAUAACGCGAAACGAAAUUAGCGCGAACGGACCAUGGACCUGGGAGAGGUCGCGUGUUCCGCCGUCAGGUGGCAGUAGCCUGAAAACAGUGGGACAGCGUACGAGAGACAGACACCCUGCAACGGGACUCUGUGUGUUUUUCACGGAAUUAUUUUUCGGAGUUUUCUCGCAAAAGCCACGCUUCUGGACGGCGAUUUUUCGGCCGAGAGGGCCGCAUCUAUCAACCCUGUUAUUCCGGCCGGCCGCUCAUCUACUCGCAUCCAAAGACGAAUUAUGUAGUUUUUCCACUCGGCGUACAGAGUCAAUUCGUUCCUGUCUCGCUUUUAAGAGGAAAGGGAACUUGACAAAUUAUCUUGAACGCUACCAUGGUAGUAGCGCAUACUCUUCGGUUGGUAAAUGGCUUGCAAUUUCAUGUAACGAAUGAAAUUGCAGGAGCCCAAUGUGGGUGGAAGUGAGAUGGCAUCCAGGGAAAAGAAACCCUUAGCGCCUUCCAAAGCAAAACAGAAGGCGACGAAUGAAUCUGGCUUGCCAUCAAAUGAAAUCAAAAGUAGAAAGGGCAAGUCUUUGACGAAUCUUAAACAACAGCAACUAGCACGUGAUAUUUUGGAGGCAGUGGCAACCGGCAGUCAGCUUCCUCCGAAAUUAGAGGCAAGCCUGCCACGCAAGAAAGUUCUCAGAAACCUCAAGCGCAAACAAAAGUUGAGAGUAGCGAAGGCUAAUCUUAUUAAAGCAAAGGUUACGAGGAAAGUAGCCAACAGAAAUUUGUGCAGAAUAACGUCUGACAUCAAGAAGGGCGUCAAAACGAAAAAAGUGAAGUUAUUAGAGGAAAACACGGCCGAUAAUAACUCGAGAAUUGUAGAGCAACGAGUAAACGAUACGGAUAGCGAAAAUACAGGGACGGAAAUAUAUAACAGAAGUGCCAAGAACAAUCUCAGGACCAAAAAAACCAAGCUUGUAACAAAAAGUAGCGGGGAAGUAGAAAACGAAGACAAAGAUACGGACUCUAUCGCUGGAUCCAGUACCAAGAGCAGUCCAAAAUUGAACAGAAAAGGGAAAAAUUCCGAGAGUCUGGACUCUUUGUCUAAAAGCGUUAAAUCGACCAAGAUAUCGGGAUUUAAAAGGAACAAUAUCAAGGAGAAGGACAGCUUCACCAAAAAUACGGAAGGGGAUAUCAAGUGCGUGAAAGGUAAAAAGAGUAAUAGCAAAGAUAUAGAUUACGCUAGCGCAAAGGCAUCCACGAUUGACACAAAAUUUUCGAAAUCGCUUCUGGAUGCAAAGAGUUCUAUAGAUCUUACCAUAGACGAAGUUAUAGCUUCGAUGUUGAGCGAUUCGGAAAUAGAUAGCCAACAAGGAAUAACGGAAAAAACCGAAGGAAAAAUCAGGAGAAGUAGAAAAAUGCUGGUAGAAGAAAACAUAAUUUUGGAUGAAAUUAAAAAAGAACCAGACACUGACGACGCCAAAAUUAUAUCCGAUGGUGAGAGCUUCGAAACCGAAUCCUUCCAAAGCAUCAUACAGUUGAGGAAGAGAUCCAGUACGUCGGUUGGUCAAAGAAGUUUACGAAAUGGAAAGUUGCGGCAGUCGGAUUCUGUUAUUUCCACAGACUUGGAUCCUAAGAAACGUCGAAGGUUAAACUCGGAUGACCCUGUUAGUUCAGAAAUUUCAGGAGAUAACAACGCGGAUAGUAGUAUAGACACGGAAUCUUGUUUUUCCGAAUCUAGCGGUAACGAUCCUCAAAUAGUUAUGGUAACAGCCAAAGAUGAGGCUUGCUUGAAGAAGGAUAUUCUGAAAAAUUGCGAGGAUAGUUCUCAAAAUGGUUCUGAAACAGAAAACAAUAAUAACAGUGAUCGAGUAGAUAGGGCUAGCGAAGUAGGACCCACUCUACGCUCAAAAACUAAAGCCAAAAGUACAGAAAUCGAAAUAAAAACUGACAAUAUCAAAGUUGAUUAUACAAGAAUAGCACCUAAGAAUACAGAGUUACAGGAAGAGAUAAAGAAAGUAAGCAAUUUAGAUCAAGUUAGAAAAGAUAAUAUUUUAGCAAAAUUUGCAGACAAGUCCAAGAGUCGUAGGAGUAGCUUAAACAUAGAUAUGAAGAAGACGGUCAGUCCGUUUUAUAGUACAGACAAAUCGGAUGGCAGUCCAAAAUCACAAAUAGAUCAAAUGAUAGAAAAUAUCAAACUCACGAUCGCCAAGUCCAUCGAAAGUAAAAUGUUUGCUACAGAGAAGGGACUCGGAUUAAGUAAAAACUUUGAAGUACCAAAAAUCGAAGAAAUAAUAGCACCCUUAAGCGCAGAGUCCCAGAAAUUGGGCUUGGAAGAAAAUCCAGACGAAGACAAGUCUACUAUUUCCAAAAAUGAGAUCAAAUCGGACAAUUCAGAAGAUUCGGUACCAAAAGUGGCCGACACUGCCAAAGAAAUUGAGAAACUAGUCAUGGGCGAUAUCGAACCAGCGGAAACUCAUUCUCAAAAUAUUCAAGAAAGCGAAUCUCUCGAUGCCGAUGGAAGUGAUAUUGUACAUAACGCUUCCGAAUCUGUUCACGUGGAGAAUAGCGAAAACAAUUGUCGCAAAUCUGUGGAACAGCAGGAAGAACCAAGCGAAUCUUCUACCUCGACAGAGGUGUCCGAGAAAUAUUCGGAUCAAGUAACCGAUGAUCAAAUUAAAAUAACAGACGACAGUAAAAAAGGAGUGGCUGUUAGAAAAUCCCCAAGAAUAAUUGACAAAAAUUCUCCGGAAAAUGUAAACAGCGAGACUGCGAAAAAAGUGAAUAGGGUAUCGAAUAAAACAGUACAGAAGUCUGACAAUUGUGAAGAAUCUCCUCAAGAUGUUGCAAAUAACUCUUUAUGUUUGCAAGAAGAUGCAAAUAACUCUUUAUCUCUGCAAGAAGAUGCAAAUAAAUCUGUACCUCUGCAAGAAGAUACAAAUAAAUCUGCUUUUAAAGAUACAGUUUCGAAUGUCGAACCCCUUAGAAAUGAAUCGACCAAGAUUGCACCAGGACCUUUGAUCGACGAUGCAGAAACUGGAUCCCAGCAGAUUAACGAAAGGCUCGUCAAAGAAGAAGCAAAGACAAAUGAAGCUACCGAAAGCGAAACCGUGGUUCCUUUAAAUACUUUUGUAGAUUCUGAAGAAGCAGAAACGUUAGAAAGUAUUUCAAAAGAAGUAGAGAGAUUAGUAGCGGAAAGUCAAUUGAGUAAUCAGUUACAAAAUGUUGCAAAAGGUGUGCAAGACGAGCGAGAAUUGAGUAUUACGAAUGUAACAGAAUUCUCACUGUCUCUAAGCGAAUCAACCGCAAUACCAGACGACGGCAACGUACAAGAAGCAACUGUCGACGAAGUAAACGUUGAGCAGGACACAAGUAAUAUGGAAGACAUACCCCGGACAUUAGAAAAGCCCAAAGAAAACGAACAUGGUACUCUGCAAUCUGUGCUACAUACGAAACAAGAUAGCAGUAACUGUUACGCAUCGGUUACUUCUAACUCGAACACAGAUUCUAACGCUAGUGAUACCUGUAAUUCCAUCGAAGACAACCCAAAAGAUACCGAAGAUACCAACAAAGAUAAUACGUGCAAAGAGAAUAGAACCUGUAACGUUGCUAUAGGUGUUAAAAGUUUCGAGUCCGAUGAGCAGAAAGUAGUUUCGAAGAAAGAUUCGGAACACGGACAGUCCACGGCGACGGAGGAGGCUGAAAAAGAAAGUGAGAAAUUACCAACCGACGUUGCAACGAUGGAAGACCAAAAGUCUGCGGCUGAGGACAAGAAGAGGGUGCUGAGGGCUCGAGAGAAAUCGAGAAAAUCAGAGAAACGACAAACGUCUUCUAGCAGGGAACGGAGCGACGGUACGACGAAUGUUAAAACCGAGGAAGAAGUCGAAAAGGUGCAGAAUAUCGCGAGAGAUGUGCAAGAACUACAGGAGGAAAAGGCUGACGCUGUAGUGAAAACAGAGGACACGGAUGACGCUCAAAACGAAUUGGAAUCGAAUGGGUCCGAGCCUCAGGUUCGGCCGAGACGCAGCAGGGAGACGAAGAAGCGCAAGGAGGAUCAGCUGACUGCGUUGAAGAACAGACGAUCGAAGGUUCGGAGAUCCGACCAGCAAAACAAGGAAGAGACCCUGCUGGACGACGAGGUAGCCACGAUAAACGAAAACAAUCGAUCGUUCCUGAGUAAGUAUGAAAACGGGUCGGAAUGUACGACGAAUUUCCGUGGUUUUUCCGAGGGUGGCAGAGGCAGCCUCGAUAAACAUCAGGAAGCAGCGGACAACGCUCGAAGCAAGUCGGAGAACGACUUGGUCAUCGGAAGGAAACCUGGAAAACCUAACUGCGAGAACAGGCUAUCCGUGAACCUCUCGACGAAUCACAUGGCCAAGCAAACGGAGAAUAUCAACAUACUGGAAGCGGAAUGUAAACCUGUAAAGACACCGGAGACGUCGCAAAAGGACUCCGACGAAACGUCCAUGUCAGGCGAGUCGUCCAGCAGCGUGAACAUCACCCCAAAGAUCUUGGAAACACCAGAGGACAAGGUUAAGAAAGAGUCUAUCUUGAGAUUGCUAGGAUUGGAGUCGUUGGAGAAGGCUGCCGAGCGACUGAGCCAUCAGAAAGCGAAGAAGGAACAGUACACGGGCACUCUGAAGACCGUGAUCAGGGUACAGAAGGAUAAGGAUAAGGACAAGAGGCGGUCGAGGUCCCCUUUGAAGAUGGUGCUGAAGCAAGGCCGCGGAGACGGGGAGGGCGAUUCACCCGAGUUUUACACCAUUCAAAAGGAGUUUGGAACCAGUGGUUUGGGAGAUAGCAGCUCUGGUGCGAACCGAAAGUUCUCUACUAACCACAGACACUCUUGCGACGAGGAUAACGAAGAUGCCGUGCCAAAGGAUCGCCAGUCGCUCGUUAUUCCAGAAAAGUCCUCCUCGUUCUCCAUUCAUCCAGGACGUUUGUGCGCCGACGUCUGUUGCUACUGUUUCGGGAAGUUUGGCUCUCUGGACACGCCCAUGCAUCUGGCACAGAUGAAGUCCGAUGAAAGACGCAAAAAGAUCUUGAAUAUCGAAAGACACCUUACCAAGGACUCGUGUUUAUGCGAUGCUUGCUAUCGUCAUGUGGACAGAAAGGCAAAUACAAGUCCAACAAACAUGCAAACGAAACCUCAGAAGCAACACCGGCAACUGAUGGUGUCGAAAUGCUCGGCUCGCGAAUGUAGGGACGCUGCGCGACAUCACGUUAAACGACGAUGGUUGCUCAAGAUAAAAGCUGGCCUGCAAAAACAGGUGGACAUCGAUUGGGAGUCGAGUCAACACACGUCGAUGUCGUUUUGUGUCAGUCAUUACUCAAAGAUAGAACGAUUCUUGACCUGCGCGCUCUGCAAACGUCGUCUGGCGAGGAACUACACUCAUCAGCUGGCGAACGCGGAAACCGACGACUUGAACCACUUACUCGGCCAGCAAGGGAUUCCCGUUGCUCUGGCUGCCGGUACCUUCGUCUGCAAGCUGUGUCGUUACUUCACCCAGCUGCAAUUGAAAUACAAGGAUGUCGAGAACAUGAACACGAGUCACAGGUCCUUCUUCAAGAAUUAUCGGAAAAGAAUCUUACACUAUCACGACAUCGAAGUUCUGGAUAACGAUGAUGGCGACACCCCGCAGAUUCAGUCCAAGGACAAGGACAAGCGGAAAAAGAGUAGCAAGUGUCCCCCUCAGCCGAAAGCGGUAACCGUAUCCAAGUCUCCGGAUGGUACGACGACUGCCUCGGAGAAGUCGACGCCAGAACCAAGUAAAAACGAGGGUACCAAUGGCGAAACAGAGACCGAGAACCGAGCUACGAAGGGAAACUCGAACUCCAACUCGACGGACGAGACCGUCCCCACGGACGUGCAGUUCCUCGGUAUCGAGAGCACGGUGGAGAAGCUAAAGAAACGGAAGAUGCUGGAGAUGCACCCGUACACUGGUUCGGAUACGACGAUAACCUGCGAGGGCCCCAGCGAAGUCGUCGAAAUUCUUGCGAUGGACAAGGAGGUGACCCUGACCAGACUGCCAAAGAGACCAAGGACCAACAACGACAUAACGCCCGUGGUCCAACGACUCGGCGCCAAUCCCUCGAUAAGCGUGCGCACUUUGUUCCCCGGCGAGGAGGAGAUGAACCUCCACGCCAGCAUCGAGUUCACGAACGUGCGAGAGAUCACGCCACAGGGCUGGGAGAAGUGUGCCACGAUGAUACAGUACGACAGGGACACGAAGCAUCUCUGGCAAGAGCUGCAGAGACCCUACGGUAACCAGAGCUCUUUUCUCAGACACCUGAUACUUUUAGAGAAAUAUUACAGGUCCGGGGACUUGAUACUCGCGCCAAACGCAUCGCGAAACGCGAUCAACUACUCUACAUCCGUACAGAACAGACUGAUAUCCUACGAAGGCCCUGAAAAGAUGGACGAGCCAAUCAUGGAGCCUAUAGCCUCCGAAUACAACAACUCUCGCCGACUCAGCGGCGGCUACGUGCUCGAGAGGGACAGACUGUCCCUUCCUGGCACGAGCGCGAGCACGACAAAGGCCCCGCCCACUUCUGGCGCGCAACAGUCAUCAAAAGGCAGCCCGUCGCGCGUCCUCAAGCUCAAUCCUGGUGUAUCCAUAAUCAAGAAACCACCUCCCAACCUGCAACGAUUGAACCUACCGUCCACCAGUACCGCUACCGCGAACGGCAACGUGAAAAGAAAGGAGGGCCAGAGAAUCCCCGUGACAUCGGGUGGAAAGGUGUUUCAGCUCAGCGAGCCAGACUUCAAGCGUCUGCAAACUCUGAAGAAGCAGAAGCAACAACUUUCGGAGAAACAGUCGAGCAUGAGUCCCGUCGGUUCGGGAGGCUCGAACUCUUCGCCGCCCAAUUCCAAGUCCACCACGCAGUACCAGAAGGCGCAGCAACUAGCUGCUCACACACAGUUCCAAAAACAUCUGAGGAUGCAGCAGGAGAUGCUGAACAGACAAACCAGAGGCGACUUCGAGCCCCUAAUUUGCGACGUGCGCACGUUGACCAACGAAAACACUCCCACGCAGAAUCUGCUGCACAACUUGAAUCUGCCCAAGUCGAUACAGGUGACUACCAAGGCGGCUGGCCAGAUACCGAUACUGCCGAAAAUCCCCAAAUCGUUGACGGUGAUACCCCAGACGGUCACCAGACCUACCGACAAAUGAAACGGACCGAGAGAAACGGAGGGAUAGUAAGUAGUUAGACGUUACGAUUCUUUUAGACGAGAGAAGAGUACAUGGGGGUGGCGUGUUCACGGAAAGGUUCGGCUGAUCGAGUAAAACGAGGCACAAUUUUUUGCUGCUCGCUAAUGCCGGCUCGAGGGGAUCGCCAAACGGAGUAAACGUGACAAUAUCUGCCUUAUUCGGUGCGCACGUUGAUCACGAGCUAGCGCUCAAAACGGUACGACGCGCGCGCGCGCGCUCUGUGUCGAAUUAUCGAUCGUGAUCAAAUCUGUGCGUGCGCACGAUACAUAGAUAGAAAUAUAUAAGUAACUAAACGGAAACGGCUAGAGAUACUUGGAUACUAACGAUUAUACACUAACCAACCAAAGCAUCAACGUGUGAGAAUUAGAAAACGACGUGAAAACACAUGGAAGAUACCUGUUUCCGAUGGAAAAGUGCCUAAAAGUGAGACCCGCGAACAAAGUCGUUAGUUUUUUAAUGACAGAGAGUAUAGCAUCGAACGGACUCGGGACAGUAUAUAUGUAUGCAUAGGUGAAUAUAUUAACAAAAUGAAAAUACACAAAACAUAUAACCGUCUCAACGUGAAAGAAGAGACGAAGCUGGGAAUCCUGUGCGAAAGUUUGGAGUUAUCGAGAGCACAGAGUCUCCAGGCCCUUCUGUUCCUCGUUCGAUACGAGUUCUUGUGACGAUCACUCGAGAAAGGGUCGAACGAAUAUUAUAUAUAUAUAUAUAAUUCCCACGAGUGACAAAGUUAAUUUGCCUUGCUGUUUAUCGGUACUCUGUUCAUUGCUAGACAUAUCGUUGUUCUACGUUCUUCGAGAGAUACAGAAAAUGGGACAAUCGCGCAUGGCCGCUCGAAGAACGAUCAAGUAAUCGGUAGUUCGUUCCUUGUUCGCGUCCAACGGGGAAAGAGUCGAGCAUACCCGCGACACCUGACGUCGAUAUAUUCUAUUGCAAGGUGCACCGUCUGGCUUUUUCGACCGACCGAAAUGUUCCCGUUGUUAUUCAUCGGUAUACAGUACAAUCCAUUGUAGACAAGAUACGUUGUUUAUCAAAUGAACGGAUGGUUAGAGCAACGUUGCAUAUUUGUUACUAUUCCAUUCCGAGAUGAUUACGCGUUGACAGUACCAAGAGAGAAAUAGAAGGAUAAGCAACGCCACUGAUGAAUCGCGUUGCAACGACGCUGGCUCAAUCAAUUGUAGCGUCUGUGCACGUUGGCGAUAGUAUUUUUACGAUGACACGCUCACUGAUAAGCGACGUUUUCAUAUGUCUUUCGGGUGCAGUCAUCUCGGAACAGAAUGGUUAGGUAAAUGAUUCGGCAAAUCUUCCAGGAUGCAUGAAACGUUAACAACUGACCCGUCUUACGGAACCUCGUGUAACGUUGUUUCACACAAAAUAUAGGAAACAAAAAUAAUGCUAUUCAUAAUUUUAUUUAUUUGAGUUGGUAAUAGUAACACGCAACGUUGUUCUAGCCGACUGUACAACUGUUAUUACGAUAAAUAACAAAUUUUGUUUGAAUUUCGAGGUCAUCGACGUGUAACGUCGUUCACGCAACGUUGUGACCUAUACAUUUUACUAACUGAUGAACUUUAUUUAUAUUUAGAAAUGAUUUAUUUACUGCAUUUGAAAAUGCAAGCAAGUUAACUCAUUGGGCCGGCAUGCGUAAGAAUAACGAUCGAUUCUAUAGACCGAUACCAUAUACCCUAGUAUUUAAUUUAGUUUCGUAAAGAGAAGGUGGCAUUUAAUACCAUUCAUUACUCCUAUCACACGCUUGUGUAAAUUAAAAGUUAAUUUCUUAAAAAUUACUAGAGAACAGCGUUUCGUACAGUAAAAUGUAUAAAGAUUAAGUUGACUAGAAAUCGAAAUAGAAAACAAUGAAUUAAAUUGUGUAAUCAGGCUCGCUAUUCCAGCCCAAGGGGGUUAACGACGAUGAUUUUUAACAUCGUCUGACUUAAAAUGAAAAUUGUUUACAAACAAAUGUAAAUUUGUCUAAAAUGAAUUUUUUGUUAACGCAUCGCACACGGUCGAUUAUAUUUUUUUCUUACAAGGAAUAUUAGCGACGCGUGCCCUUCCCCCGCACUCCGUAUUGUGAUGAAACUCCAGUUAAAGGGGGAAUUCCCGUUUCCCGGGCUAAUUUUUCGAACGUUUUUGGGAAUUUUUGUAAGAUAAACCAUAAAACAUACAAGGUUAGACUUUCGCACGGUUAUUUAUUUAUCCUUUCACUGAAUCGACAUAAAUUUCUCAAAGCCUUUUCGUUAUUAUUUAUUAAUGAUAUAGCGGAUCGAAUCGUACAAUUAUUGAAAAAUCAAAGGGAGGGAUGUUGAUUGAUUUGUUGAAAAAAAUUAAUCGAAUACUUCGAAAUGAAGAACAAAGACAAGCUUCGAUGAAAAAGCUUCUUUCAAGGUCAAUUCAGUUUGCACGAUCGAAUUUACAAGGACGAAAAAGAAACUCGAUGACCUUGAAAUUUCGACAAGUUCGAAAGCAUCGUCGUAGUAUUUGCCUUGCUUGAAACUGACGACGAUUUCUUCGACUAAUAACGUUCGCGUUCCUGUCUUCUUUCUUAUUUUUUUUUUUUUAUUUUUUUAUUAACUGCAGAAGAUAACGGAGAGACGUCAGGUGAUGGUGGUGGUGCGACUAGACGAAACACCCUGCAUAAUCCCGAUCGCCACCGAUAUAUUUUGUCUACCUGGAAUCGUUUAAAGUGACGGUGGCGGCAACCCUUAAUCAAUUGUACAUUAGAAAAUAUAUAUUUUGGCCUGCUCGCCAGAGGAGCGCAUAAUGACGACUUGUAAUUAAUUAUAAUAACGGCGAUUGUUAUAAACGGAAUACAAUAAGUGUUAAUGUGUGAAAACAAUUGGUAAAUACACUCUAGGUAGGUGUAGAUCUACGCCUCGAGCUUAUUUAUUACGUUAUUAUAUAUCAUUAUAUUGGAUUGUACAUAACUGAAAAUUAUUAUGUUCUAGUUGAUAACCGAUGAUGAUGAUUAUUAUUAUUAUUAUUAUUAAUAUUAAUAGUAUUUCAUUGCGGAGUACGGAAUUAUAAACGGGCGACGACUAAAUGAAUGGUCGUGGCAAGGAUUCCUUUAACAAAUCGUGCAACGCGAUCGCGAAUAGACAGCGAGAGGUUUUGAGAUGUUCAAGUUAGUUUCUCGGGAUGACGAUGAGAAGCCCGUUUCCUUUUCUUCGAUUUCUUCUAACUUGUUCGCGCAUGCAUUGUCGCCACGUGAAAGAUCGAAACGAGCCCGAGAAGUGUUCGAAACUCUGAAUGGGGUACACCCCUUGUUCUCAUCGAGAUACGGGAGACGAUAUCGGCGUAUCGCCACGUUAGAAUGAUUGCCUUAAAGAGAGCUACACCGUAGCGUCAUUAUCGAUUGUAAAUAGUUUGAAAAUGAAGAAUGGAAAGAAAGAAAGAAAGAAAGUGAUAAAUGUAUUCGUAUUCGCUAGAGACGAGGGCAAUUUAGGGGUCUAAAGCAACGAAAGUGAUCGGACGAGAGGAUCAUUUGAAUUUGGGUUAAUUUCAUUUUUGAAAUUUAUAACGAGUGCGUCCAGAUAGAGUGAAUAUCGAGCUGAUAUCAAGCUGGUCGCUCGGACGUAUUCCUGGUGUAUUUGUUCGUUUUACACUUGCGGAUCGUUGUCGGCAAGACUCGCAACAAUAGCGAAAAAUGUUAGCAAAAUAUGUUUAUAGUUCAGUUUUUCGGUCUUGAUAAUCGAUGCUAAAUCGCAUUGCUCAUGUUUUCUCGCGAUCAUUUAUAUUUCGUCAUGGCAUGUAUUUUUCUAUGCAUUUAGAACGAUAGAAGUUUAUGAGCCUCUUGCGACGUGAAGUUCUCGCGCUUGAAACUGCCCACUGGCUUUUCGGUGUCCAUCUGGAAAAUGAUUUUUCUUAUCGAUGACUCGUGUGUACUACAUUGCAGUCCCUAAAAAAGCAUUAAACGAUACUCUCUAACAGCGACGGUACGCGUUACCAGAAUUUCCAGAUAUUUUUCACGUGAUCCGCACUCGGAAGCCUCGAAUAAUUUCAAACGAUAGAACUAUACGUACGUGGCGACUAAUAUUCGUUAAACAAUUUUUUGUCCGCACGAAUAAUAUCGAUAUUUAAGCACAAUGUCCUCCCCACUCCCUGCCCUUGCCCGUAGCCAGAAAGGGGAGGAACGUUUCGUAAGUCGAGAAACAGCAAGUAAGAACACAGCGUAUCCGUGAUGCGAUGCAGCAACGAAACCGAGGAACCCGACGUUGCGCGUUAUUUAAACUGAGAAAACAUACGAUCACGUGGCGACACGUAAAAAAGAAAAACAGAAAAGUACACACGGCGUACAUGUGGAUGUAGUCGUGCGAUACGCAGACACACACACACAUACACACAUACAUUAUGAGCGUACGAUAGGAAAGAAUGUCAACGUGGGUAUUAUAUGUAUAUUGAAAACAUAUAUAUGAUACUAAACGUUAUAAAUAAAUAUGUAUAUUAUAUGUAUAUACGUAUAUGCAUAUGUAUAUACAUAUAAUAUACAUAGUGGGUAAAAAAUUAUGAUAAAAAAAAGUACUUGGCAGUACGCUAUACAUAUAAAAUGCUCUAUUUUAUUAAGGAUAUUUUUGAUAUAUCUAUAUAUAUAUAUAUAAGUAUAAAUAUAUAUAUAAAUAUAUAUAUAUAUAAAUAAAAAGUUUAAAUAUAUGUAUAUCGAAACUAAAAAAAAGUGGAAUAUCACCGAUCGGAAUAGCUAUCGACGAUUAAUGUAAUUAUUGUUAUCGGCGGUGCGGUUGGCGUCUAUAAUCGCGAUGCUGUUUACCGAGCUGUGUGCAGUACGCGUACGAACCGUAUUUUUCUAUCGAAAUUAACAAUGAUUUUUUAAAGCGAAAUUGUUGACAGUUCGUGUUCAGUUUUCUUUUUCUUAAAUUUUGUAGAGUUUUUUUUCAUUGAGUGCGAUCAUGAAUGGGAUGGGUACGUUGAAGCGACGUGUACAGAAUUGCGAUUUUCCGAUCGUUUCGAGGAUCGUUGCAAACUUUAUUUAUUAUUAUUAUUAUUAUCAUUAUUAUUAUUAUCAUUAUUAUUAUUAUUAUUAUUAUUAUAGCCCAAAACUCGCGUAGAUCUUUUUAAUUGCGUUUAACUCUUAUUUCUCCUCCUCUUCUCCGUUUUUCCAUUUCUUUUUUUUUAAUAGCUAAACAUUUAUCCGAUGCGUAUUCGAUUAUUGUAAGAUUCUGUGUAUCGAUUACAGUUUUGCGUUAAAAUAUACAAUUUUUUUUUCCCUCUGAAAUUAAGCUGGUCGAAUCAUUUUUUUUCUUCGUCUCGAGAAACUCGAACGCCUCGUAAUCGCCGAACCGCUGAAGGCUAAUGUGAAUUGUUAAAUUGUAAAAAUGUUUAUUGAAACGUUAUCGAGUCGUACGAACGUUUGGUGAAAGCUUUUUCCCCGAUUUUAACCAAUGAAAUUAAAACGAUUGUAAAUGUAAACUACUGCAUACUCCUCGGCAAACGAUCGCUCGCGUGUGUUGUGUGCGUGCCGGCAGAGAUGGGAACAAAAUUUCAAAGGAAGUUUUCAAAGGAAACGAGGAAGUAGGAGACAAAGAGCGGGACGAUAAAGAGAGUGGGGGUGGGGGGAAGUAUGCGAGUGAACUGAUUUUAAGUUUUAAGAAUUCUAUUUUUGUGAUCGAAAGAAAAAAAGAUCGAGCGAUCGGUUUACUUAGGAUAGGAAAAAAUAUUUUAUUACGUGGAUCGAGAGCUGAGUGAUUACCUGUUAGUAAUAAAAAACUGAAUACACAGAAGCAAUAAAACAAACAAAAGAAAACAAA